GUCGCUGUGCGGCAGGGAGUGGCGGUGUGUGGUGACCGGGGGUGGGUCCGGGGGGGCCGGAUGGCGGCGGGGCUGCGCCAUGUUGCGGUGGCUUGUAGCGGUGCUCAGUCACUCCUGUUUUGUUUCCAAGGACAUGUUCUACGCGGUGCGCAGGGGCCGGCGGACGGGCGUUUACCGCACCUGGGCGGAGUGUCAGGAGCAAGUGAACAAGUUCCCCUCCGCUAGCUUCAAGAAGUUCGCUACUGAGAAGGACGCCUGGGCCUUCGUGCGCUCCGACCUUCCGGCGCAGCAGCAGCCUGAGUCGGCAGGGGCACAGGGUCCUGCACCUGUAACACAGGAGAAUGGUAGCCAGAGAGAGGAACCAGAAACAAAUGCAUUGUGUUGCAAUACGUGCAAAAGGCCGUAUGAACUGUCCACCAGUGGAGAACACAUUGCGAAGCGUGUAAAACAUGAUGAAGUAUACUCAGCGCCAACAGUCAGUGAAGAUAAAUUUUCAUAUAUGGGUGAGUUUGCAGUCGUUUAUACAGAUGGUUGUUGCUCAGGUAAUGGACGUAGCAGAGCACGUGCUGGAAUAGGUGUCUACUGGGGGCCGGGCCACCCUUUAAAUACUAGUGAAAGACUUCCUGGACGGCAGACUAAUCAAAGAGCAGAAAUACAUGCAGCCUGCAAAGCAAUAGAGCAAGCAAAGGGUCAAAACAUCAAGAAACUAAUUAUCUACACUGAUAGCAAGUUCACUAUUAAUGGUAUUACGAGCUGGGUUGACAACUGGAAAACUAAUGGCUGGAGGACAAGUUCAGGAGGAAGUGUAAUAAAUAAAGAAGAUUUUGAAAGGCUUGCUAAUUUAUCAAAAGAUAUAGAAAUUCAGUGGAUGCAUAUUCCUGGUCAUGCUGGCUUCCAAGGAAAUGAGGAAGCUGAUAGACUAGCAAGAGAAGGAGCUAGUAAACAAUGGUCCUGAUGUACAGAGACUAGAGACUGUCACAGUGGGAGGGAAAGGGUCAGCAUCACAGUGACAACUUGAAUGGCUGCAAUUGUUUCAGAGUUGAACUUUGAAGAGUACUUCUUUCUGGCCUGAAGUAUUAAACAUGUACCAACUUCACUGGAGAAAACCCUCACAUUUUCUUUUAUAGCAUUUGUUUUACAAUCAAGAUUUUUGUCUUUUUUUGUUUAAUCUGAUGAUACAAAGUGCUUGCUUUUGCCCAUCUUACUGAAGGGCCUCAGUCAGUAGUUUUAAUUGUCUUGCAGACUUAAGAAUUCACCGUAAAGACAGACUUCGGAAGAGGUAAUAUUGAAUCUUGUGGUCUGUAUUUUUCUCUUAGCGAAAUAAAUUAUUUUGUUGUACAGAGGUAUAUAUUAACAGUCCAAAAUAGUUGGGGGAGGGAACCUAACACAGAGAUCUCUCUUGGUAUGCUUUGACAUUCUGGCAGUAGCAGGUGGGCUUGUAACACUCGCCUGUGCCACACAGCAUCAUCAGCUACAGCGCCUGAGAUUUCUUUAUAAUUUUACUUACUUUGCAAGGCAGCAUGAAUAAAGUAAAAAGCCAGGUCUUUAGAGAACUUGAAUUGUGAAUUUUUUACUAGCUGCUUAAUGUCCAAGCUCUUUAUUUCUAGCCUUCUAUUUCCAUUAAGUAUUUUUUUCUGCAUACUGGUUCACAUUAGCAUUAUUGGUUCCUUUUCAGCGUUGUACCAAAGGUAAUAAAUAAUUGGUCAUUUUAUAUGAAAUAGAACUAGAAGAUGAUCAGCUUCUCUAGGUCUUCCAGAUGUCAAGUGUUUGACUUCAUUUUUUCCAGUCGAGAUUAAUGGAAUGGCUAAUAUGAAGUUGAAUUAGAGAAUAAUUACCAGUAAUCAGUGUAGUUUUAUUUUCUAUGCAUAUACAUGGGAAGAGCAAGCAGGUUUGGUAUGUUAGCUUCUUUGUAAGGUACCUUCGUACCAUUGAACAGCAAGGCUUUAGCUGGAGGUUGCUGACUUUGUUUUUGUAUUUGACAUAACAGAAUGGUGGAGCUGCUGAAAUUUGAUUUCUUGAUAGUACUCAUGCAUCAUGAUAUCCUUACCAAGGCAAAGUAUAAGCCUUUACACGUUUAGAGUCAUGUGAAUUGUAAUAGAAUGAGGAAACCAUCUUGCUAGUAGUUAAUAGAUGAGUGCAGGUUUUAGAUCUGUUUUCUCUCAUCCAAAACUGCACAGUAAAGCUCAUGUAGGGGGAAGGUAGUCCACUGAUUAGCUCUUCCCCUCUGCCUCUUGUAUAUAUGCACACAAUUUUCCAUCUCUAUUUUAGAAAUCUGGCUUGAAGGAAGACACACCAUCAACCCUGAUCAGAUCUGGUUGAGGUAUCACAGUGUGACCAAUAACAUACUGAAGGCAUGGCAUCUAAUCAUCUCCCUCUCAAUACAUCUCCAGUUAAGCAUGUAGAUCCUAUUUACUGUAUGGAAAUCUAUGUUUUGAAGCAGCAGCUUUGGAAAAUAAAUACAGAUAAUGGUGGGUAAAUCAUA